AUGUUAAGAGACAUUGAGACUGCACAGCCAGUCACCUGGGUUAUCUUUGAUGCCUCACUGCAUGCCCAUGUGAAGCUCCAGCACAUAGACCCCGCCCCCAGCCCUGGGCACAUAGACCCCAGCCCUGGGCACAUAGACACAGCCCCCAGCCCUGGGCACAUAGACCCCAGCCCUGGGCACAUAGACCCAGCCCCCAGCCCUGGGCACAUAGACCCCGCCCCCAGCCCUGGGCACAUAGACCCAGCCCCCAGCCCUGGGCACAUAGACCCAGCCCCCAGCCCUGGACACAUAGACCCCAGCCCUGGGCACAUAGACCCAGCCCCCAGCCCUGGGCACAUAGACCCUGCCCCCAGCCCUGGGCACAUAGACCCUGCCCCCAGCCCUGGGCACAUAGACCCUGCCCCCAGCCCUGGGCACAUAGACCCCGCCCCCAGCCCUGGGUACAUAGACCCAGCCCCCAGCCCUGGACACAUAGACCCCAGCCCUGGGCACAUAGACCCAGCCCCCAGCCCUGGGCACAUAGACCCUGCCCCCAGCCCUGGGCACAUAGACCCUGCCCCCAGCCCUGGGCACAUAGACCCCGCCCCCAGCCCUGGGCACAUAGACCCAGCCCCCAGCCCUGGGCACAUAGACCCCAGCCCCCAGCCCUGGGCACAUAGACCCCGCCCCCAGCCCUGGGCACAUAGACCCAGCCCCCAGCCCUGGACCCCAGCCCCCAGCCCUGGACACAUAGACCCCAGCCCUGGGCACAUAGACCCCAGCCCUGGACACAUAGACCCAGCCCCCAGCCCUGGACACAUAGACCCCAGCCCUGGGCACAUAGACCCAGCCCCCAGCCCUGGGCACAUAGACCCCAGCCCUGGGCACAUAGACCCAGCCCCCAGCCCUGGGCACAUAGACCCAGCCCCCAGCCCUGGACACAUAGACCCCAGCCCUGGGCACAUAGAACCCAGCCCUGGGCACAUAGACCCAGCCCCCAGCCCUGGACACAUAGACCCCAGCCCUGGGCACAUAGACCCCAGCCCUGGACACAUAGACCCCAGCCCUGGGCACAUAGACCCCAACCCAGCCCCCAGCCCUGGGAACAUAGACCCAGCCCCCAGCCCUGGGCACAUAGACCCCAGCCCUGGGCACAUAGACCCAGACCCCAGCCCUGGGCACAUAGACCCCAGCCCUGGGCACAUAGACACAGCCCCCAGCCCUGGGCACAUAGACCCCAGCCCUGGGUACAUAGACCCUGCCCCCAGCCCUGGGCACAUAGACCCCAGCCCUGGACACAUAGAACCCAGCCCUGGGCACAUAGACCCCAGCCCUGGGCACAUAUACCCAGCCCCCAGCCCUGGGCACAUAGACCCCAGCCCUGGGCACAUAGACCCAGCCCCCAGCCCUGGGCACAUAGACCCAGCCCCCAUCCCUGGACACAUAGACCCCAGCCCUGGGCACAUAGACCCCAGCCCUGGGCACAUAGACCCAGCCCCCAGCCCUGGACACAUAGACCCCAGCCCUGGGCACAUAGACCCCAGCCCUGGGCACAUAGACCCCAGUCCUGGGCACAUAGACCAAGCCCCCAGCCCUGGGAACAUAGACCCCAGCCCUGGGCACAUAGACCCAGCCCCCAGCCCUGGACACAUAGACCCCAGCCCUGGGAACAUAGACCCAGCCCCCAGCCCUGGGAACAUAGACCCAGCCCCCAGCCCUGGACCCCAGCCCCCAGCCCUGGACACAGACCCAGCCCCCAGCCCUGGGCACAUAGACCCAGCCCCCAGCCCUGGGCACAUAGACCCAGCCCCCAGCCCUGGACACAUAGAACCCAGCCCUGGGCACAUAGACCCCAGCCCUGGGCACAUAGACCCCAGCCCUGGGCACAUAGACCCAGCCCCCAGCCCUGGGCACAUAGACCCCAGCCCUGGGCACAUAGACCCAGCCCCCAUCCCUGGACACAUAGACCCCAGCCCUGGGCACAUAGACCCCAGCCCUGGGCACAUAGACCCAGCCCCCAGCCCUGGACACAUAGACCCCAGCCCUGGGCACAUAGACCCCAGCCCUGGGCACAUAGACCCCAGCCCUGGGCACAUAGACCCCAGUCCUGGGCACAUAGACCCAGCCCCCAGCCCUGGGCACAUAGACCCAGCCCCCAGCCCUGGACACAUAGACCCCAGCCCUGGGAACAUAGACCCAGCCCCCAGCCCUGGGAACAUAGACCCAGCCCCCAGCCCUGGGCACAUAGACCCCAGCCCUGGGCACAUAGACCCAGACCCCAGCCCUGGGCACAUAGACCCCAGCCCCCAGCCCUGGACACAGACCCAGCCCCCAGCCCUGGCCCCCAGCCCUGGACACAUAGACCCCAGCCCUGGGCACAUAGACCCCAGCCCUGGACACAUAGACCCAGCCCCCAGCCCUGGACACAUAGACCCAGCCCCCAGCCCUGGACACAUAGACCCCGCCCCCAGCCCUGGGCACAUAGACCCCGCCCCCAGCCCUGGACACAUAGACCUAACCCCCAGCCCUGGGUACAUAGACCCAGCCCCCAGCCCUGGACACAUAGACCUAGCCCUUAGUUAA